AUGGUAGCAGCAAUGAACGGUCAUAGAGAUACGUUUGAGUUACUUGUGAAGAAAGGAGCUAAUCUGUCCCCAGAGGAUACAGGAGGCGAGUUUAUCCUUCACUGGGCCUGUUAUGGAGGAAAUGCGGAUAAAGUCAGGUAUGUCCUCCAGCACAAUGUUAAAGACAUCAACAGCAUAGGAUGGAAUGGACAGACGGCAGCAAUGACGUCAGCAGACAAAGGAUACAGAGUAAUAUUUGACUUACUUAUCAGAAAAGGAGCAGAUAUAACUGUGGAUGUGGAUGACGACGACGACGACAACGACAUCCUUCAUUUGGCAUGUAAAGGUGGAAAUGUUAAUAUAGUGAAGUAUGUCCUCAAACAAAACAACAUAGACAUCAACACCAAAGGAAACUAUGCAUUUACACCAGCAAUGAUGGCAGCAGAUGGAGGACAUAGAGAAAUACUUGACUUACUUAUGAGGAAAGGGGCUGAUCUGACACUGGAGGCAGCUUCUCGUUGCAACGUCCUUCACAUUGCCUGCAAAGGACGAUUUACGCAAAUAGUGGAGUAUGUAAUCUCAAAAGAUAUUGUGGACAUUCAGUCAAGAUUUUCAGGGCAUGUCAGCUGUGAUGCUGGCAGCAGAAAGGGGACUUGGAGAGGUGUUUGA